UGCAAACUCAGCCAUGGUGCUCAGCUUCCUCUCCCCGAGCCUUUCCCGCCUCAGCCUGUGGGCUUCUGUUGUGAUCCUGAUGGUAAUCGUCCUCAAGCUCCUCAGCCUUCUGUUUCGGAGGCAGAAGCUGGCCAGGGCUUUGGACAGCUUUCCAGGGCCCCCCAAGCACUGGCUUUUUGGUCAUGCCCUUGAGAUCCAGAAGUUAGGGGGCCUGGACAAGGUGGUAUCCUGGACCCAACAGUUCCCCUAUGCCCACCCACUCUGGCUUGGACAAUUCAUUGGUUUCCUGAACAUCUAUGAGCCUGACUAUGCUAAAGCUGUAUACAGCCGUGGGGACCCGAAGGCUGCAGAUGUGUAUGACUUUUUCCUCCAGUGGAUUGGGAAAGGCCUACUGGUUCUGGAAGGGCCAAAAUGGUUCCAGCACCGCAAGCUGCUCACACCUGGCUUCCAUUAUGAUGUGCUGAAGCCCUAUGUGGCCAUAUUUGCUGAGUCCACACGUGUGAUGCUGGACAAGUGGGAGAAAAAGGCUAGUGAAAAUAAGAGUUUUGACAUCUUCUGUGAUGUAGGCCACAUGGCACUGGACACCCUCAUGAAGUGCACCUUUGGCAAAGGAGACAGCGGCCUAGGCCACAGCGACAACAGCUAUUACCUGGCAGUCAGUGACCUCACACUGCUGAUGCAGCAGCGCAUCGACUCCUUCCAGUACCAUAAUGACUUCAUUUACUGGCUCACACCACAUGGUCGCCGCUUCCUGCGGGCCUGCCAGAUAGCCCAUGAUCAUACAGAUCAGGUCAUCAGGCAACGGAAGGCAGCCCUGCAGGAUGAGAAAGAGCAGAAAAAAAUUAAGCAGCGGAGGCACCUGGACUUCCUGGACAUUCUCCUGGGUGCCCGGGAUGAAAGUGGGAUCCAGCUGUCAGAUGCAGACCUCCGGGCUGAAGUGGACACAUUCAUGUUUGAAGGCCAUGACACCACCACUAGUGGUAUCUCUUGGUUUCUUUACUGCAUGGCCCUUUAUCCUGAGCACCAGCAGCGAUGUAGGGAGGAGGUCCGUGAGAUCCUAGGAGACCAGGACUCCUUCCAGUGGGAUGAUCUGGCCAAGAUGACCUACCUGACAAUGUGUAUCAAGGAGUGCUUCCGCCUCUACCCACCUGUACCCCAGGUGUACCGCCAGCUCAGCAAGCCGGUCAACUUUGUGGAUGGCCGUUCUCUACCUGCAGGUAGCCUGAUCUCUCUGCACAUCUAUGCCCUCCAUAGGAACAGUGCUGUGUGGCCUGACCCAGAGGUCUUUGAUCCACUGCGCUUUUCUCCUGAGAAUACAACAGGACGGCAUCCCUUUGCCUACAUGCCUUUUUCUGCAGGGCCCAGGAAUUGCAUUGGGCAGCAGUUUGCCAUGAACGAGAUGAAGGUCGUCACAGCCCUUUGUUUGCUGCGCUUUGAAUUCUCUCCGGAUCCCUCAAAGAUGCCCAUUAAGAUCCCCCAGCUGAUCUUGCGCUCCAAAAAUGGCAUCCACCUCCACCUGAAGCCACUGGGCUCUGGGUCUGGAAAGUAGGUCUUCAGAGAACAAGGCCGUGGCAGCACAGGCUAUGGCUUUUUCUGGGACGUUGCUCUCCUAGAUUGAAUAUGGAGUCAUUGUGGAUCCCUGCCUGUGGGAGGCUUUGGAGGUGAUAGCACGGACAUUGACAGUCUCCUGGAAGACAUCCGCUUGUAAAGGUGUGCGGAAUGACUGUACACCUGGGCUCUAGAGCUCAUUCCUUCACUCCACAAACAUCUGCUGAACAUUUGGCUGCCUUGAGAAACUUCAUUUAUUUCUCAUAACUACAUUUAUUUAACUGUCUCAGUGUGUAUUUGGAAUAUAAUAGACAUAAGGAAAAUUGCCUAAACUAAAUCUGUACAAAAUAAGUAGUACUUUAAAAAGCAAAAUCUAACCAUCAAAGUUAAAGAAUAGGAAAGAUGUUUUUACUGGCAUGAUGUCUUUCUUGGGAUGUCUCUAUGGUACUUCGUGGUGUUGGUGUUUCACAGACAUAUAGGACUCUGGGCAGCCACAGUAUCUCUAGGGAAGGUAGUAGAGUAACAUUAAAGGAGGAUUUCCUGGGAGAAAGGAAACUCUUUUCUAUUAGGUGAAGAUGCAAAGGACUUUUUGGGUGGGGCCUACAUGUGAUUUAGAGGUCCUGUCCUGGCAAUCCCUGCAGCAGCUUUUUGAUGGCUAUGGGUACCUAUAUCUCUAGGGGUCAAGGUCUAAGGUCACUACACUCGGAGGAUCAAAUCUUGGAAUUAUCCCCAUAUGGAAGGAAGGGCACUAGGAGUUAGGAUCAGAGAUAGGAGCCAGUAAUUCCAGCCUUGGGACUUGGUAAAGACACUAGGCCAAUGGUUCUCAACCAGUAGUUGAAUGACUUUCACAGGGGUCACCAACAAUAAUCAGAAAAUGCAGAUUUUACCUUAUGAUUCAUUGCAGUAGCAAAAUUACACUUAUGAAGUAGCAAUGAAUUAAUUUUAUGGUUGGGGGAUCACGACAACAUGAGUAACUAUAUUAAAAGGCCAAAGCACUAGGAAGGUUGAGACCCACUGCUCUAGGGCAUCUUGGGAAAUGUGCCAUAUACCUUUCCCACUACCAGUUUUUUCCUUCUUGGAAGAAGGCCACAGCUUGGAAGAUCUGCCUCAAGACACUUGCUAACUCCUAAAGCCCUCCCUAGAAGCUGGGAUGUAAGGGCCCCAUUAUAGUGUGUCUAUUAGCUACAAGACUUAAUGUAACUAACUCCCCCUUUUUACCUAGCACACAAAUAAACUGUUCUCUGAACAAAUGUA